CGCUAUCAUACUAUCACUUCCAUUAUCUCAAAAUCAUUUGCCUUUAUCCUCUCAUUUCUAGAGAAAGAAACAAUUUCCCUUGCACAAGUAGCUGUUAUGGGAGUAGCUCAUCAAGUUAACCAAUUCUGGUUCCCUCUCAUUAUCCUCCUCCUCUCCAUUACCAUUUCUUCUACUUCUGGAGCUGAAUCAAAUUGUGUGUACACAGCUUACAUUCGGACUGGGCCAUUCAUGGAGGAUGCAACUGACUCAAAAAUAAGCUUGACUCUCUACGAUGCGAGUGGCUAUGGAAUUAGAAUCAAGAACCUAGUGGCUUGGGGUGGGCUUAUGGGCUCAGGUUACAACUACUUUGAAACGGACCACUCAGAUAUGUUCAGUGGCCAUGGACCAUGUUUGACUGGGCCGAUCUGCAAAAUGGUCUUGACUUCUGAUGGUACAGGCCGACAAUCCGCGUGGUACUGUAGCUACGUGGAAGUCACCUCAACAGGAGACCACAAACAAUGCAGUCAACAGCUGUUCAACGUGGAUCAGUGGCUUAGCACCGAUCGUUCGCCGUAUCAGUUGACGGCCACAAGAAACAACUGUAGGCGUAUGUCCGGUGACCAACAACCCAUUGUUGUUGAUGUAAUUUAAUUCGAGUUCAUUGGGCUACUUACAAACCAUAUAUAGAAUUUCUCUCCUUCUCUCUUUGUAUCUCUCUUUUUCAAUUAUAUACCAGUGUGUGGCAAUUUUAUCAUCAAUCCAAUGUUGUGAAGCCCAUUUAGGCCAAGGCCUGAUGUGUACGCUCAUGAAUGCAACAUUCUGGAAAAUAAAGAAUCGGACCUCUCUUUUCCUUC